AUGGCCGUCCUGAAGUUCCUGUCGGUGGCGGCCGCCGCGAUUUUGUUCUCAGAGAUCAACUGGGCAUAUGGUGGCGAUGACAAUCUUGAGCAAAAUGAUCAAAAUCUAGACAAAGAAGAAGAUUCUGGUCAUCAAGAAGAUGGAUCUGGUCAAGGAACGGAAAAUGUUGGAGCUGGUAGUGCCACUAAUAAGGCCGAGAUCAACUGGGCAUAUGGUGGCGAUGACAAUCUUGAGCAAAAUGAUCCAAAUCUAGACAAAGAAGAAGAUUCUGGUCAUCAAGAAGAUGGAUCUGGCCCAGGAACGGAAGAUAUUGGAGCUGCUACUGCCACUAAUAAGGCCGUGAGAGCAGAAUGCUGGGAACAAAUGAACGCGGCCCGCAACCAUGUCGGCUUCGCUGAACUCACGCAAAAAAAUAUAUUCAAAAUUACUGAAAAUGACUGGACCCGCUCUGUCAACACGCUCGAGAAUUACCUGAGCACAGUCUGCAAAGGCAUCAAAACUGACAAAGUGCCUGACGAGUUGACCACAGUCGAGGGCACCGUCGCCUACGCUGUUCAAGAGGGCGAACAGGCUGAUUGCCAGGCUGCAGUCGACUACUGGAAGGAAGCCCUCACAAACUUCAACGGGGAGGUGCCACCGGCAUAUGCAGCAAACGCUUCACCUUACGACAAUACCCAAAAUGUCUCCUUCAUUUCCCUCUUCAAUCCCCAAGCAAAUCCGACGGUUGACUGCGCAUACUUCGUCUGCCCUGCAGCAACUGAAAAGGCCAAGGAGGGGGAGGGAAAUACUGAUACCGAUAAGAGCAUGAAUGCGUUGAUUUGCGUUACUUCGCCCAGCGCCUUGAGCAAAACAAAAGGCCAAGGAGCAGGAGGGAAAUACUGA